AUGGGUACAUCAGGUUUGAGGGAAACGCACAGCAAGUCGGGGCAUGUCGAAGCUGUCAUUGUCCGAUGUGAGGCCGAGAAACGCAAGUUUCCCCUUUGGUCUGCCACUACAAUCCCUGCGAAUCAUGUCGUGUUUUCGCAGUCGGUGCCGUCCGUCCCAGGGCUCAUCGAGGUCCCGCUGGUCCUGGAUCGGACGGGGACUCAGUCCGUCAACGAGGCAGACCUCGACAACCAGAUUGCUACGUACCUCAAUAUUGAUGCCAACUCCGGGUUUGCACCUCCAGACUGGCAGUCACAAGUUGGCACCGUCGUGGUCGCGCGCAAGGACAGGAAGCCAUUUUAUCCGCAGCAUCUCGAAGGAGUGUGGAUGUUCUGCGACCAUAUCCUGGACCUGUUCGGGAAGGAGACGGGCCGCCGAGGUGGCUUUACAGCCGCCAGGCGUUCGAGGAAUGGUGGGUAA